AUGACUCCCAUCGCUUCCCCCGCCGCGCCCCAUCUUCCCGCCUCUCACUCCGCCAGCCCCCUUGCGCCCCCGCCCCCUCCCGCGCCGUCCGCGGGCUUUGCGCCGCCGCGCAGCUCCCCCGCGCCGACCGCGCGGCUGUCGUUCGGCUCCGUGUGGCCCAAGGCGCGCGACGAGGCGAUCGAGGUGGCAAAAGAAUUCCCCAACGGCGACACAUACUACGGCGGAUGGUUACUCGUCGGAGGCGGGUUACCACACGGCCUCGGGUGUUACACCUGGGGCGACGGGAGCGUGUACGAGGGGGAGUGGGUGAAGGGGCAGAAAAACGGGCAGGGGAUGUUUUUAUGGCCGUCCGGGGCGAGGUAUCAGGGGGAAUGGAAAAAAGGGCAGAUGCAGGGAGUGGGGACGUAUUGGGGCGCGGACGGGUCUUUUUACACGGGCAACUGGGCAGCCGGAAUAAAGCACGGGCUGGGCAGGAAAAUUUACCCUAACGGGGAUUCGUACGAGGGGUUCUGGAGCUGGGGCGCGGCGGAAGGUCCGGGGCGGUACAAGUGGCGCAACGGGAACGAGUACUUCGGGGAGUGGAAGGCCGGGACCAUGAGCGGAUUUGGCGCGUUUGCUUGGGCGAGUGGGGAUAGGUUCGAAGGGGAGUGGGAGGGCGGGUAUGAGCAUGGGCCGGGGUCGUUUGUAUGGGCGGAUGGGAGUCGGUAUGAGGGGACUUGGAGUCAUGGGUUGAAGGAUGGGAAAGGGGUGUUUUACCCUGCGGGGUAUAGGUCCGAGGAUGGAGUGCUUGGAGGGGGUAGAUCGGGGGAAGAGGGGGCGGAAGGGGAGGCGGAGGUGGGGAGGUGGUCGAGUGGUGGGGAGAGGGAGUGUGCGCCGUGGGAUGGUGAGGGGAGUGGGGAUGAGGGGCAGAGGAGGGACGAGGAGGGAAGAGGAGGGGGAGAGAGAGGAGAUGGAGGGAGAGAGGAGGAGGAAAGGAGGGGAAGGCAAAGCGAGGGCGGUGCAGGGGAGGGUUGGGAGCAAGAGAAGGUUCCUAGAGCUGUAUCCCAUGAUAGCUAUGUUAGCAGCAGCAAGAACCGAACCUCCAAGACAGGUUCGGCAUUGGUCGGUGCCGCAGGCUUGGUGGAAGCCAGAGGCACGGCGGCUGCCCCGGCCGAAGCCGUGGCCCGUGGUUUGGCGGAGCAGGGGAUAGGGCAUGGCAGUGGUGGGAGUGGGAACGUUGAGGCGGGGAGUGGGAGGGUGGGGAGUGGGUGUGAAGCGGAGAUGGGGUGGAAAGGGGGACAGCAGCAGGGGGAGCAGCAGCAGGGGGCUCAAGAGGAGCAGCAGGAGCAAGAGAGCCACCGCUCCCCCUGUGCUCUGCCCGUCAGUGUCUCAAGUCUCGCAGCCUCUGAUACCACUCUCGCCACAACACAGGCACCGCGGCUCAUCUCCUCGCCCCUCACUGCCCCUUUCCCUCCCGAUGCUUCUGCUGCUGCUGGCAUUACCGCCCUCCACAGCCCGAAUACUGCUGCUGCUGCUGCUGCUGCUGCUGCCCCGGUUGCUGCGACUGCUGGCAAUACCGCUCUUCUCACCGCGCGGAUAGCGGAGUGGGCGCGGCGAGUGAGCAUAGAGAGGCAGCUUGUAGAGGGGACAAGGGCGCUAGACCAGGAGCUGGGGCAGCAGGCGGCACAGCAGGAGCAGCUUUGGAGCGGGCCGCUGCGAGCCCUGAGAAUGCUACGCACUGGGAGCUACGGCCAGAGCCCCAGUGAUGGUGGUAACGGUGUUGUUGUUAAUGGUGGUGGUGGUGGUGAGGGUGAUAAUAACGAGGGCAACGGUGAGGGUGGUUGGGGUAGUGGCAGUGGUAUCAGGAGGAGUGGGACGGACGGUGGUGCCAUAGCUGGUGUUUUGGAGCCGGAGGGGUUGGCAGAAAGGAAAAGCACACCAGAUGUGGGAGUGGGGAGAGUAAGGGGAGUAAGGGGAGUGAGGGGAGUGAGGGGAGUGGAGGGAGGGAGAGGGAUUGCAGAGGAGAGGGGAUUAAGCAGAGGUGGGUUGCCUUUGGCGGGUAAGAGUCUUAGCUUGAGGGAUGACCGGCUGUUGAAACUCGAACCUGUUGACGCGAGGAAGGUUUGGGGGAGCUUCCGGACCGGGCGGGAGGCUCGGUCGGAGGCUCGGGUGGAGGGUCGGGCGGAGGCUCGGUCGGAGGUUCGGGUGGCGAGCGAGUGGGUGGAGAGUGUGUUGGGAGGGGAGGAGGAUGGGGGGGAAGGGGGGUUAGGAACAGGGGGAAUGAUAAAAACAGAGGAGGGAGGGAUGCAAUCAGCAGAGGGGGUGAGUAAAGCAGGAGAGAGAGGGAGCACAGCAGCAGGCGCGGGGGUGACUGCAGCAGCUGGCUUGGGAGGGACCACGUCGAAGCAGCAGCACAAGAUGGCGAGGUUGGUGACCAUGGGCCCUGUGCCGGGGCGCAGUGUGGCUUACCAUGAGCCGGGGCGGGGAGGGUCGGCAUCUUCUGAGCCGGGGCGGGGAGGGUCGGCAUCUUCUGAGCCGGGGCGGGGAGUGGUAGGGUGUCUUGAGCCAGGGAAAGGGGCAGCGAGUGAAGAGACGUCUCGAUCGGGGCCGCUGGGCAUCCGAAUGGCUUCUGACACGGCUGGCGUGCGAGGUGAGCGGUGGUGUGCGGUGGGGCUGGGUGGGUGGGUGUGUUGUGGGGAGACACGGGGUACCAAGAGGUAG